CCUGCUUUGCUCCUGAUUUCCUUCUCUCUGUCCGCCGUCAUGGCUUUCGUCGCUCCUCCAGGCUACCAACCCGUCUACAAUCCCAGAAUCCCCUAUCUGGGUCCCAUUUAUGGAGGCCUAAGGGACGGAGUAUCCGUCUACAUCCAAGGAUCCGUCCCUAAAGACAUCACCAGGUUUCUCAUCAACCUUCUCUGUGGAGAGUCCGAUUCCAGCGACAUCGCCUUGCACUUCAACCCUCGGUUCGACGGCUGGGACAAAGUGGUGUUUAACAGCCGCCAGGGAGGAUCAUGGGGGUCGGAGGAGAAGAUCCGCAGCAUGCCUUUCUCCAAGGGCAAGGCCUUUGAGCUGGUCAUCAUGAUCACAUCCAAGGGAUUUCAGACGAAAGUCGAUGGGAAGGAAUUCUUCAUGUUUCCACACCGUAUCCCUGUGGAGCAGAUUCGUGCAAUCCAGGUUUCAGGAGACGUUUCCGUCCAAACUAUUAACAUCAUCGGGGUGAGUCCUCAGUGCCUGUUGCAUUUAAACCAUCAGCAGUUGUUCAAUGUGUAUCAAAAACAAAACAUUUUAAUGACUUUUCUGACUGAUAUCCAGGGUGGAUGUCCUGAUGGUAUGGGAGGAGGAAUGGGACAGGGAGGAUAUCCAGGAGGCAACAUGGCGGGAGGAUGUCCUGAUGGUCUGGGGGGAGGAAUGGGAGGUGGAUACCCAGGAGGACCUGGAGGCAACAUGGGGGGAGGAUACCCAGGAUCCCACCUGCCGGGAAUGGGCGGGCAGCCGGUCUACAACCCAGCUGUGCCCUACUCCGGUAUGAUCCCAGGAGGGAUGUACCCUAAGAGGACCAUCAUCAUCAGGGGCAUGGUGCCCUACGGAGCAAACAGGAUGGGCUUCAACCUCGUGGUGAGCCGGUCCCGAGACAUCGCCUUCCACAUGAACCCCAGGGUGAAGGAGCGCGUUGUGGUGCGAAACAACAGGGAAGGAGGGAAGUGGGGCAAGGAGGACCGAGAGCUCAGCCUGAGCCCCUUCAUGGAGGGCCAGUACUUUGACAUGUCCAUUCGCUGCGGGAACCAGAGGUUCAAGGUGUUCGUGAACGGGCAGCACCUGUUUGACUUCUUCCACCGCGUGUCCUUCAGCGAGAUCGACAAGCUGGAGAUCGAGGGAGACGUUCAGAUCUCCUACAUCCACUUCUGACGCGUGUCCGUGUCCGCGCACACGGCCG